GUUGAAAUCACUUAUAAUCAGGUAAUUGCUGAUGACAAUGCGGCUGCAGGGACGCAGGUGUGCGUGGUUUCAGGCUGUAUUACAGAAGUAUAACCCAACACAACAGAACCGGACAGAGAAAUAAUAACAGGUGAACUUCCGGUGUUUCUGUUAUUACCUGUUUCCAGUCAUGAAUCCUCCGAGCAGCAGAGCCGAGACAAGUCCUCCAGAUCACUACAUGCCCCAGUCUUCUUCUUCUUCGUCAUCAGGAGGAGGAGGAGGAGGAGGAGGAGGAGGAGGAGGAGGUUUGUACCUGGAUGCCUAUGAGGUGUCCUUCCCCCUGGAGGAGAGUAUAGAGAGACCACCUGCGUAUCACCUGAACCAGGGUCAGCCGAUGAUGGAAGAGCAUGUGGUGCAGGAGCCUCCUCACUCCCAGUACAGCCCUUUCAUCCUGGUGUCCAACCUGCGAGCUCACCUGUACGUCGCUCUGGAGAAGAACGCCUGGCUGCAGAAACGCAUCGAGGAGCUGGAGGAGGAGCGCAACUUCCUGCGCUGUCAGCUGGACCGCUUCAUCGUCAGCAUGAGGAGUCCGGAGGUGUCAGAGUGGUGUGGAGACGCCCAGCGGGGGGUGAAGGUCCAGCCCUCCAGCUCCCCCUCUCCUCCCUCCCCUAUGACUACCAGGUCUGGGAUGACCCUCAAGCGCCUGCAGGGACCAGGACCUCGGACCCGCCGCAACACCGCCGUCCCUGUAAAACAAGAGUAUCACCUGGAGGAGGAUAAAUACUACACCGAGGACGAGUACGUGGAGGAAGAGGAGGAGGAGGAGGAGGAGGAAGAUGAGGACUCGUCUUUAGAGAAGGGGUCCAAGAAGAAGGGCAGAGGGCGAGCCAGCGGAGAGCCGAGGAUGAAGAUGAGGAGGAUCUUCAGGAUCACCCACGGGAGGGAGAGACAGAGAGUGAAAGAUCCAGACGGUGUUUUGAUUCGUUAUAAGAAGAUCCUGACCACCUACCAGCGGGUGAGGAGCAUGUCCCGGGCCUUCCAGAUCCACGGAGUCGACCGAAACACGAUGGCCUCCACCUCCCCCAUCGCGGAGCUGCUGCUGGUGGCUCCAGAGAAGGUCGCGGAGGUCGGGGAGUUUGAGGCGUCGAAGGAGAAGCUUCUGGAUUACGCUCGGCGCUGCUACAAGACCAUGGACGAGCCGACGCACGCCAAAGUCCAGACCAUGAAGAAGACUCACAAGCUGCUGCCGAUCUCAUACAGGUUCAGAAACUGACUGAGGAUGAAAUCGGAGGUUUCCGAUCAGAAAGCGUAGAUGACUGCACUUUUUCCAACUUGAUUUUUCUUUCGAUGUAUUUUUCCUGUUUUCCAUCGUCGUCUGUUUUUUGUUGAAAAUGUUGAUUUUUCUCCCGAUGUCGACGAUGCUUGAAGCUACUUUUUGAUUUAACUUAUUUUAUUUUAUUACAAAUGAGCUCUAAUGUGCAGAAUUCUUGCAUUAUAAUUUCAUGGCGUACUGACUGAACUUUAAAUGCCUGCAAACCUUAAAAAAAGCAGAAGAAGAGAUGUGACUUUUGUAAGAUAUUUAUGUGUUCACAGAGAGGACUCAAAGACCCUCGAGUGUUUUCAUUUAGUUUUGUAUCAAAGAGAAGAGAAAUGUUGAUUUCCUUCAGUGUGCUGUUCUAAUAAUAAUAAUAAUGAUAAUGUGUGUUAUUGAAAUAACAUUCAUUCUUUCCUUAAAUCUCAUGUCAGUGAGGGAGCUUCAUGUUUGUGUUGAAUGUUUUCUGACUGUAAAAAAAAAGAUUGGACGUGACUCUUCAAACAGGAAAUUAAAGAACUUUGAAUAUA